GAGCGCAGGUCCAUGGGGAGCAGGAGAAGUCCAGGAGGGUAAGGAGCAACCGCCUACGCCUGGGAAACCGUGUCUGACGGACAUGGGGGGAGAGGUGAGGCUGCCGCCUGGAGAGCCCUGCCGAGAAGGCUACGUGCUGUCCUUGGUCUGUCCAAACUCCUCCCAGGCUUGGUGUGAGAUCACAAAUGUGUCACAGCUGCUGGCUGCUCCUGUCCUCUACAGGAACCUGAAUUCCAACUUGAGCACUUCUGCAAAUGUAGAAAACAAAUACAGUCUUUAUGUGGGCCUGGUACUGGCAGUAAGUUCCAGUAUUUUUAUUGGCUCCAGCUUCAUACUAAAAAAGAAGGGCCUUUUGCAACUGGCCAACAAGGGUGUCACUAGAGCUGGUCAAGGUGGACAUUCUUACCUCAAGGAAUGGCUCUGGUGGGCAGGAUUACUCUCAAUGGGAGCAGGAGAGGCUGCGAACUUUGCAGCUUAUGCUUUUGCACCUGCCACCUUGGUCACCCCCCUGGGCGCACUGAGUGUUCUCAUAAGUGCAAUAUUGUCCUCCUACUUUUUAAAUGAGCACUUGAACAUUCAUGGGAAAAUAGGCUGCAUAUUAAGUAUGUUGGGGUCAACUGUGAUGGUUAUCCAUGCCCCACAAGAAGAGGAAGUCGCUUCUUUGCAUGAAAUGGAAAUGAAAUUGAGAGACCCAGGAUUCAUUUCUUUUGCUGUGAUCAUUACUGUGAUUGCCUUGGUGCUGAUUUUGUUCGUGGCUCCCAAGAAAGGACAGACCAACAUCCUGGUCUACAUUUCAAUCUGUUCAUUGAUUGGAGCAUUUUCAGUUUCUUCUGUCAAGGGCCUGGGAAUUGCCAUUAAGGAACUUCUGGAAUGGAAGCCAGUUUACAAGCAUCCCCUGGUCUUUGUUUUGCUGGCUGUCCUUGUGCUUUCAGUGACAACACAGAUUAACUAUCUCAACAAGGCACUGGACACUUUUAAUACAUCUCUCGUGACUCCCAUUUACUAUGUGUUCUUUACGUCCAUGGUAGUAACUUGCUCCGCCAUCUUAUUCCAAGAAUGGUACGGCAUGAAAGCUGGGGAUAUCAUCGGGACCCUGAGUGGGUUUUUCACCAUUAUCAAUGGCAUCUUCCUUCUGCACGCUUUUAAAAACACCCACAUUACCUGGAGUGACCUGACAUCCACUACUCAGAAAGAAGUGCUCACUCUGAGUGGCAAUGAAGACAAAUAUGUCUUACUAGAGAAUAUAGACUGUUCAAACUCAGGAUAUGAGGAUGACAUUACGUUGUUUAGCAGGACUAACGAAUGAUCAAAGUCUCUACAGACCCUGAACUUGACCCCAUAAGGGACACUUGGAGAGGAGAAGGAAUACCUGACUCUUGGAAGGACAAUUAGGAAAGGUGACAUUUUUAAAGUUCUAACUAAUAAUUUAGAUUUGAGGCCAAAUUAAAAUGCCUGCAUUUUUGGCCAUCACAUUUGGGAAUCGAUAUUUUGAUCAUCCUCCAGAAGACUUCUGCCGUUUCUCAUUUCUACAAACUUGAAAUAUUCCCUGAGCACAAAAGAAGUCCAAGUUAGAUGAGUCUCAGAAUAAUCUCUUUCUUCUGGUCACAGUGUACGUGGUCCUGCCAGGUGGCUCUUCAUUUCUCUGACUGCUAUUCUUAGUCUCACAGUAAGUCAUCGAUGAAUUUAAUGUGUGCUGACAAGCCAAGUGCCGAUCAUUCUCUGAUGAGUCAUAGUUUCAAAUGAUGAAAACUGAGGUGUGAGAUUGCUAAUGCACUUUUCCCCCUUCCACAAACGAAACAGCUAAAGGGGAGGGUGUUACAGAGGAAAAGAAGCCUGCUCUACACAUCUGCUCCUUGCAUGUCAUGGUGCAGUGACACACGUCCAUGAAGAGCCGAUGAAGUGUGAUUGUCAUUGAUGGACAUAUCAUAGACAUUUGUUACCAACUUAAAAAGGGAAGAAUUGAGGAGGGAAAUAUUGUAUACCUUAGGUAAAGGAAAUAAUUUAUUUUUAUUUUUACAAAGACAAACACCAAUGAUUGUGUUCGUGAGUUCUUCUAACUCAAACCUGAGGAAUGCAAGAUAAAAUUGAGUUUCUGGAGAAGUCCAAGCGAAUUCAGUUUUGGAAUCCCCUGCGUUCAUUUUGUGCCUUUAUUUUAACUACCAUCCCAAAGGUUAUUUUCCUUAGUGAUGUAGAGAUUUUUGUAAAGUAAUUGCUACAUUAUUUUAAGAUUAUAUUGUACACUUAAAUUCAUCUCACAUGUUUAAUCCCCAUAGGGUGGGUUUUUCACAAACGGUUUGGAAACAACUAAAAAGAUCUUUGUGAAAAACUGAAUUUAUCAUAAUCAUUCUCUUAAAACUUUGCACUUUCAAGCUUGUUAAGGAAAUUGUAAUUAGUUACAAACCUUUUUGAAAAUAUAUGUCCUACUACAAUAAGUGGUAGGUUGUCUUUAUCUGUGGAAUUUCACCCUGGCCACAUUUUCUAUACAUUUUAUUGUUAAGUGUUUUGGAAAAAUAAGAAGGGGAGUUAACUUCCUAGAAAACAAAGUAUUAAGACC